AUGAUGUGGGAAGCAUUCUUAGCCAUUCUCACUUUGUCUAUGGCAACAGGUGCUGCCCCAGAACAGCUCUGUAAGUACGAUGACGUUAUUCAGUAUCUGAAUAUCUCUUCUGAAAAGGCACCCCAACUACAUACAAUACCCAAGAAAAAUUGGAAAGACCCAUUGAAAGUGAAGAUACAAUUUGCGCUGAUGUCCAUUCUCUCAGUGACUGAAAAGCUUCAAACUGUCACGGUCUGUUUCUUUGUGUCUAUGGAGUGGGAAAAUGUCUUUGCGACUUGGAAUCCUCAGGAUUUCUGUAACAUUUCCAAGCUCAAACUGCCAGUGGAUACAUUUUGGUCUCCAUAUAUCAUCAUUUAUGAACAUGUGGAUGAAGAGAAAUUCCUCAACAGGCCCUAUCUGUCCAUCACUCACACCGGCAUCAUUACCAUAAUCCAAGAGCACCGUGUCACCAUAGCAUGCAACUUGAAGAUGCACAAGUUUCCAUUUGACACCCAGACGUGCAACAUAACCCUCUUCUCAGACAUAGUACAAGCAACAGACAUUAUAUUCCUGCCCAAUCAGACAACAGAAGAGGUGAAUAAAAACAGCAAAUUUUAUCAGUUGACCGAUGGAGAAUGGAAGUUCACAAACAUAAACAUUAUACCAGACGUACUACAGAACAAUGAGGAAACCUCUAAUUUGAUCACCUAUGAGAUCUCCAUGAAGAGACGACCCAUUUUAUACGUUUUGAACCUUAUCUUCCCAUCAUGUGCUCUCUACUUAUUGGAUAUGACGAUUUUGUUCAGCAGCAGCUCUUAUGAGGACAAGAUCAGCUUCCAGCUAUCACUCAUCAUUGGAGAGUCUGUGUUAGCUCUGAUUCUUAAGGACAUUAUUCCCACUUCUUCCGAUGACCCACCCAUAAUAGUGAGGUUUUUCAUAGGUAUCUUUGUCCUAAUGAUUAUGGGUGUAUUGGAGACCUGCCUGUUAAUGCAGCUGAAGAAGAAAACCCUACACCCUUUACUCAAGGCUAUCAAACUGCUGAGAUGCCGCAAGCAAGCUAGAACAGCAUCCGGAAACCUCCUAAGCAAGCACGAAGAUUCGCUGACUGAGGUGGUCAGGGGACAAGAGGAGAGGAGGGAUUCAAGCCGACUUGGAAAGGGAAAUACAGAACUACCCAUGCUUAAGGAAAGAAUCAAUGCAGAAGGGCAGCAAAUUGGGACCCAGGCAGAGCUACAGGAGUGCGAGUCAGCUCUGCUUAUUCUGGAUAAGGUGCUUUUCUGCAGUCAUUUGCUUUUAUCACUACUGUUUAGCAUCAUCAUUAUUGUACAAUGGAGCAGUUAAAUGUGGGCCAAUUGCCUUUUCUAAUACUUGCUUGCCUCAACCUCCUCCCUAACAAGGUUUUCCUGCUUCUUAUGCUUGA